GAAGAAUAAAAUAAACAUACGUAAAUCCUAUCAGAAUCCGGCACUUGCCGCUUGGCUGUGGCUGGUGAUGAAGCACGAGGAGCAAAAGUCGCGACUGCAAAAGUAUCUGAAGAGAAAACAGCUGGGCGUGCGAAUAAAUGAGGACGCGAUCUACAUACAGCAGCUGCACAAAGACGAGAACAUUGAGGAGGACCCAACUACUUUGAACACUACCGCCCGGCAAGAAUAUAGGCUGUUGACCUCCGUGAGCACGCCUGUGUUUGAUCGCAGGAGCAAGCGCGAAAACACGACAGAUGCGGCGAAUGACAGGCUGUUCGGCGUGGCCGGCACGGAUGUGCCGAUCGACGACAUCCGUAAGCUUACGUUGCCGUACAAGCUCGGUGUGAACGGUUACGCCUUUAUUGUAUCCAACAAUGGUUAUGUGAUACUGCAUCCGGAUCUUCGGCCGGUUUACAAAGGCCGGCUUAAAAUGAACUACAAUAGCAUUGACCUCACGGAGGUGGAGAUACUUGAUGACGGACGCGGACCGAGGAAUCCGGGUCCUGAAAUAUUGAAACUGAGAUCAGCGUUAGUGGAUCACGAGCGAGGUAACAUGACAAGGAUUCCCGUGAAAUUGCAUUAUGAUGACAAUCGUCGGGUCAACCUUGAGAAACGUGAUUAUUUUUAUGCACCUCUACCCGGCACCCCGUUCAGUCUUGCAGUUGUUAUACCCAAUUACGGAACUACCUGGAUUAAGGUUGGCGAUGAAAUCCGCAGAAUCCAAAACAUGAAUGUGAAUGUGUCCGACUAUUUUGUCGGCGAUCAUUGGCGUGUACAUCCGAGCUGGGUAUAUUGUCGUUACCACUAUUUGGAAGGUCAUGAAUUCAACAGUUCGAAAGACGAGUUACUUCACUUUUUGGGGCUGAUGAGUCGACCUGGCUGGCGCUGGUCCGAGCAAUAUGAGGCUUAUCCGUCCAUAGACGAAGAUAAAGAGCCCAACUGUGGCAGGCAGACACUCAAACACGAUGACUAUUAUUGCAACAAGGAACUUAUGCAGUUGCUCGUUUUUGAUGCCAAGGCGACGAAUGACAGCUUCCGCGGUGAUUAUAUGGAGGAUUUGCCGCCAAGGGCUCGGGAUCUGGCACAGCGCUACGGUAUCUUUGUAAGGUUCAUCGCGACGCAAAGCGGCCUCACCAGGUGGCAUCAUCUGAGAGCCAGUAAACUGCCGCAUGCGGACGACGGUAUUGCCUUCGGCGACCUUCAUAGACGAGCAGUGAAUGAACCUUGGUACAAAGGAGCGAUCUUUCAAAAUGAAUUGGAUUCUGACAGUAUUUCUUUAUCCGUACCAUGGGAAGCAGGCGCGGAUGCAAUAGUGACCAUUUCGAUGAGCCUGUCGCCCAAGGAUGGCGGCAAGAAAGCGCCAGCGGCCGUAGUAGGUUUUCAAAUGACGAUAAAAGAUCUGUACAAGCGAUUCAUGGCGUUGACCUCAGCCACAAAUUUUGAAAUGAAUUGCGCCGACAUUUGGAUCAAUUGCUACCUGCUAGAUCAGAACGGCUACGUGGUGAUCUCGGACGCACAUAACGACACCGGACAAUUUAUGGGACAAUUUAUGGGCACUCAGGAAGGCGCUGUCAUGCUGUCCAUGGUCAAGCAAGGUGUUUACAAUCCGGUCGACAUUUAUGAUUAUCAAGCAUGGUGUCGGAAUGUCGAAAUCGAGAAAAACUCUGCCAACAGCUUGAUAGAACCGCUGCAACAUAUGGCAAGGAUGUUGUUCUGGUUUCUGUUGCGGUUGAUGUGGUUCGCGACCCAGUUUGUAAACCUGCCCGGCAUUCAUGGCAAAAUCCAUUUCGAUGAGGAUGCACCAGAUCCGCCGCCACCACCGAAACCCUGUCUCCGCCACUAUGCCUGCGAUCAAAAGCGAACACUCUAUAUAUUGAACGAGACCGUCGCUGCUAAAGGUGUCACCAAUCACUCCGACUACUGCUCACAACCUUUCUACGCUCAGAGA